CUCUACUUCGCUCGGUACCGAUUUGGUUCAGUACGGCGACGACUGUGUCCCUCUCUCCGUCUCGCUUCUCGGUGGCCUCCCAUUUCUCCGACUUCUCCGACCGGUCGCUGAGGUCUCUCAGUGUAGGAAAUGGAUUUCAGAAAUGUCAAGGUUCCAAAAGUACCAGGAGGAGGGGCUGCUUCUGCUUUGGCCAAAUUGGGAGUCAUAGGUGGCCUUGGCCUGUAUGCAGUUGCAAACAGUCUCUACAACGUUGAGGGCGGUCAUCGAGCCAUUGUAUUCAAUCGGCUAGUCGGCGUAAAAGACAAGGUUUAUCCUGAAGGGACACACAUAAUGAUCCCAUGGUUUGAGAGGCCAGUUAUCUACGAUGUCCGUGCAAGACCUCAUUUAGUGGAGAGUACAUCUGGGAGUCGUGACCUUCAAAUGGUUAAAAUUGGGCUUCGGGUUCUCACUCGUCCCGUGCCUGACCAGCUACCCACAAUAUACCGGACACUGGGUGAAAAUUUCAAUGAAAGGGUUUUGCCAUCGAUCAUCCAUGAAACUCUGAAGGCUGUAGUUGCACAAUAUAAUGCUAGCCAGCUCAUUACUCAGAGAGAGGCUGUCAGUCGAGAAAUACGGAAAAUUCUGACAGAGAGAGCUGCUAAUUUCAACAUGGCCCUGGAUGAUGUGUCCAUCACGAGCUUGACUUUUGGAAAGGAGUUUACUGCUGCUAUUGAGGCCAAGCAGGUGGCUGCACAAGAAGCUGAAAGGGCAAAAUUUGUUGUGGAAAAGGCUGAGCAAGACAAGAAGAGUGCCGUUAUCAGAGCUCAGGGUGAGGCAACGAGUGCUCAGCUGAUUGGGCAAGCCAUCGCCAACAAUGCUGCUUUCAUCACCCUGAGGAGAAUCGAAGCUUCGAGAGAAAUCGCACAGACGAUUUCAAACUCAAACAACAGGGUCUUCUUAAAUUCCAACGAUCUUUUGCUGAACCUUCACGACAUGGAGUUGGGAAGCACAGCCAGUGGGAAGAAAUGAGCACGUAGGGGACACUUCUUGCUCUGUUAUUCCCUUCUUUAUUAUUGUCAGUCUCUUCCCGAGUGACGAUUUUGGAAUGAAGCAGACAAAGUAAAUGGAAAUUGCCCUUUUUGGGAUUGGCAAAAAUAAC